GUCUUCAUUAAUGUCGUUUCCGUUAAGUUUGAUCCGAAGAGGAUGCCGUAGUUCCCUUAUGUGUUCAUAUCGUGUCAUAAUAUGGCAGCGCUCUUGGGUGUUUUCUGUGGAUUUAUUCUCGUAAUCGUACUUUUUAUUCUGCGGUUAUUCAUUGUUGUACGGAAAGGCUCAGGAUGCAGACCCGGGAAGAAGGGCUCCGUCAGUGUCCUUGUUGUUGCAGGCUCAGGCGGUCAUACCACGGAGAUCCUGCGGUUAAUGGGAAGCCUCUCGGAGUCAUACUGUCCCAGGCAUUAUGUUGUCGCUGAUACGGACAAAAUGAGUGAGGACAAGAUCCGCACCCUUGAAGCAUCAAAAAAGCAACAUGAUCAAGGAAAUUUUACCAUCCACCGGGUUCCUCGGAGCCGAGAGGUGUGUCAGUCCUGGAGCUCAUCGGUGGUCACCACAAUGAAUGCCUUCCUUUACUCUCUACCCCUAGUCUUUAAUCUUCAGCCUGAUGUGGUGUUGUGCAAUGGGCCGGGAACCUGCGUCCCUCUGUGCCUGGCGGGGCUGCUUCUCGGCAUCCUCGGGGCGAAAAAAAUCCUGAUCGUCUACGUGGAGAGUAUUUGCCGAGUGGAGAGACUGUCCCUGUCGGGGAAGAUCCUCUACCACUUUUCUGACUAUUUCUUUGUGCAGUGGCCAAGCUUGAAAGACAGAUACCCCAAGUCAAUCUACUUGGGUAGAGUUGUAUGACUGACCGACUGACGAAAAUGUCACCUGUUACGUAUGUGUCUCAUUAGGAGUCAAGCUAUCCUGCUAUCUUUUCUCUUUUCUAAUUCAUUAUUCUAUGACCUUGAAAUAAGACACCUCCUCCAUUAACCCCAGCAGUGAUCCAGUUGUAGGCAGAAUGAUUUAUUAAGUUAUGUACAUAAAGAGAAGAAAAGGUAAGGAAUAAUGGCGGGUGUGAUGAAAUUGUAUGCAGGUUAAAUGCAACUUCCUUAACUUCUGGACUUAAAUAGAAAUGGAAAGUACAAAUUGUAUAAAAUUUGUACAAAAGUAAAUAAUUAACGAUGGGUCGAUGGUGUUCAUGUAUGAAUGAAGGGGCUUGUUGCUGCAUGAAUUUAUAUCAAAAUGUAUUUUGAAAGCUGUUACCUGUUUGAGGGUUAUUAAAGGUUUCAUUCUCA